GCACCAUUGCACUGGUGCGAUGCAGGAUGCAGCAAGGCACAUGUGGAAAAAUAAGGAAUAAAAAUUAAAAGGCAAAGAUCGUCUCCUUCCCCGCACGGAGGGCCAGCCCCGGGGCGGCGGCGGCAGCAGCCCUAGCCCUUUAAGCUGCCCACCCGGCCCGCAGGCCGCGGCGGCAGCUGGCGGCUAUUUAUACGCGGGCGGCGGCGGGCGCUGGGCGUCUUGCGUGGGGCGGUCCCGGUAACGAUGGCGGGGCCUGGGCCCGGACCGGAGGCUGCUAUGGCCACGGCUCUCUCCUCCACGCCGUUAAGCGGGGGCCGCUCUCUCGACCGUGCCGCCGCCUCGCUGCUAAGCCCGACGCGGCUAAGCCGGUUGCAGGAGAAGGAGGAGCUGCAGCAGCUCAACGACCGCCUGGCCGCCUACAUCGAGCGGGUGCGGGCGCUGGAGGCCGCCAACUCGGUGCUGCAGCAGCGGGUGACCGAGCAGGAGGAGGGCACCGACCGGGAGCUGGGCACUCUGCGGCUCCGCUAUGAGGCAGAGCUGGCCGACGCCCGCCGGGCGCUGGACGACAUCGCCAUGGAGCGGGCCACGCUGCAGGUGGAGCUGGGCAAGAUCGGCGAGGAGCACCGGCAGUUGCACAGCAGGAAUUCAAAGAAAGAAGCUGAUUUAAACCUGGCACAGGCUCGUAUGAGAGAUCUUGAUGCUCAGCUGAAUGCGAAGGAAGCUGACUUAGCAACAGCUUUGAGUGCGAACCGCAGUUUGGAGAAUGACCUUCAGGAAUUAAAGGAUCAAGUAGCCACUCUGGAGCUGUCACUACAAGAUACCAAAAAGCAUCUCCACAGUGAAAUGUUGAGGAGGGUGGACCUGGAAAAUCACAUGAAAACUCUGCAGGAACAAAUGACAUUCCAGAAGCGCCUUCAUGAAGAUGAGCUCAAGGAGACAAAAAGAAUCCAUGAGAGCAGGAUAGCAGAAAUAGAAUCCGGCCGUCGGAGAGAAUUUGAGAGUAAGCUCUCAGAUGCUCUGCAGGGGCUCAGAAAACAACAUGAAGAGCAAAUUCAAGAAUACAAAGAGGAACUGGAGCGAACAUUCAGUGCAAAAAUGGAGAAUAUGCAGCUAUCUGCAGCAAGAAGUAGUGACUUUGCCAAUGCUGCUCGGGAGGAGCUGAUGGAAACAAAGCUGAGAGCUGAUACUCUGACAUCUCAAAUUAAUCAAUAUCAAAGCCAGAAUGCUGCUUUGGAGAACAGAAUAAGGGAGCUACAGGAGAUGCUGGAUUAUGAUCGUGAUCUCAACCGGAGGCGUUUGGCUGAAAAAGAGAAAGAAAUUGUACAAGUCCAGCAGCAGGCACAAACACAGUUGGAAGAAUAUGAGAAUCUCUUAGAUGUGAAACUAGCUCUAGAUCUGGAAAUAAAUGCCUACAGGAAGAUGUUGGAAGGAGAGGAACAGAGGCUAAAGCUGUCGCCCAGUCCAUCUUCACACAGCAUUGCAACUCCAGCAACAAGUCAAGGGCGACAGGUCCCACAUGGGAAGAAAAGGAAAAUUAAAGCUAGGAAGAGAGCUCAUAGUACUGGAUUUAAGACUGUUCAGCAUGCUUCAUCUUCUGGAAAUAUAUCUAUUGAAGAAAUUGAUGCAGAUGGGAAAUUUGUCAGGCUUAGAAACAACUCUGAUGAGGAUCAGCUGCUACAUGGAUGGGUGUUAAGACGACAUCUCGAAAGUGUGUCAGAUGCAACAUACAAAUUUCCUUCACUGUUCACUCUUCAGGCAGGACAAGUAGUUACAAUCUGGGGUGCAGCUGCUGGUGUAAGCCCUGGUCCUAGUGAUCUGGUCUGGAAGUCUCAGAAAUCUUGGGGAAGUGGGGAUAGUAUUGGUGUUACACUCAUCACAGAUGAUGGUGAGGAACUUGCAGAGAGGAAGAUAAUGCAGAUACCCAGAGGAGAAGAAAGUGGUGAGCAAGAUGAUGAUUAUGAAGAAGUAACUGGAAGUGAAAUGGAGUUUCCACCUCGGACCAAAAGAAGAAGAAAAAAGAAAUGUUGUUUGGUUUCAUGAUAGUGGUUCCUGUGAGCAUCUUUAAGCAGCAAAAUGAGGAUACCAGCUGUUCUGUCAUGUAAUAUGGACAAAGAGAUGAUCAUUGAAAACACGUGUCAAUCCCAGGUGCCACAGACUGUGUUUUGGUAUCUUCUGCAGUAUUUGAAACUUGGAAUUUGCAUCUCCCAUUUGACCUCUUUGUAAGAGACAUUGUCAAUAAUAUGAAGUUUCCUACCUUCUGAUACUGGACCCUGUCCUUGGAUUCACUGAUAUAAAGAGCAGUAGAACACAAGCUCCAUGUGAAGUUAAUUUUUACAUUAACACAAGGAUGUGGUUUCCAUGACCUGCUGAAACAGAGGAGGGUACAGAGUUUACAAAACUUCUGAACAUAUGCCCUAGAAGGAUGCUAAAUACUUAACCGUGAGGCUGCCUCAGCUUUCUUAAUAUUCUAAUAUGGUGUUUCUCCAAAGGUAGUUUGUUUCAGGCCUGAGUAGGGAAACUACAUGUGCCAGAUCACACCCUAGCUUGCACCUUGAGCAAGUUUGAACUUGGCUGAAGUUAAAACACUCUCCUGAAGAGUGCUGAGUGUCUGAAAUGUCUCCUGCUCAGAGUCUGAUACUGAAAUGAAACUGGUCUAGAUCGCUGCUAGAGAACUUCCUAGAGUGAAACACUUUUCAGUGUUAAAAGCAAGUUGUAAAAAUAUUCUUGUCUGUUAUUUAAUGUACUGUUUCUGUAAUCUAGCACCUGGAAAUCCACCAGUUUCAGUAUUGUAUAUGUCUAGAUACAGAAUAUCACACAUAGCUGUAUCAACCUUAACUUGGAAAGAUGUAUCCUGUAAAUGUGAAAAGGCAUCUCAUUCCAGCAGAGAAGGUACAGUAACUAGCAAUAUUAGCACUCUUUAGUCCCAACAAGCCAGCUUUUAUAAGGGGCUAGGAAAAAAAACAUGCUGAGAAAUCGGCUCUAGAAAGCACCAACUGUAGUAAAAGGUGCAUCAAAAAUACCUGCUCUUGGAAUCCUUAUGUACCAAAUCUCUGUGCAGUCUGCAGUACUGCUUUGUGUGUCUAAUGGGGCAGUUGGGGGAGUACUGUCUCCUGGGCCAGUAUGUAAUUUAUUGUAACUUGAAUAGCUGUAUUCCAUGUAAAGCCUGACCUAUAGCCCUCAAACUAGGCAGUCAGCCUCUGGGGUCACUGCAUUCAAUUCUUCUUAGCCUCUUUUUACUAAAAUGCUUACCUGCUGACUCUAUGGUAAAGGGCCUUGAUGAGCCACAUAAAGCACAGCUCUAUUUAAGAGCAGCUGAGAUUAGGGAUUUCUCCAAAUGCUGGAAUAGGUUUUUGGCUGCCUCUUCCCAUGCCAAAGUAUUCAGUUCUUAAAUUAAGACCUGUUCUGUGUUAGGAUGCAGUUCUUAGGGUAAGGCUUUCGUUAUAUUAGCUUAAACUCUCUUAAAUUAUUUAAAAACUCUAGUCUUGAGACAUCAAGAGUAGAUGCUGGUUUAAUACUUGCAUUUUAGCAGAUCUGAAUUCUUGUACCUUAUGCAAGGUUAUGGCAGCAGCUAUUUCUAUAUUUAUCUUGAUUUCUUAAACUUUUUGUAACAGAUUUUUCAUGUAUAUAAAAGCAGUCUUGGACUUUAAUAUUUGCAGUUUAAAUAAUAAAGUUCUGUUUGUUCAC